UUUUAUACGCGCAAAGUGUUGGACUACUGAGCAGUAGGCGCCGAAAGAGCAACACAUGCCGGAACCAUUCUUUUGAUGACCAAUACCAUCAGGUAGAGUAGCAUACAUUGACACUCUAAUGUGUUCAAUCGCUUAAAUCGCCCCAGACAUCGCCACAAGGAUCGCAAAAUGUCCGAUUCGAGAGAUUGCCAAGUGAUUACACCUCAACGCACUUUGCGUGACAGGGAUGCAAGUCAACCGAAUCAUCGUCCAAGACCUGCACUGGCAUCGAGUGCUAGAGGAUUAGCCAAACAAGAAUUGCGUCGUCAACGUGAAUUGGAAGCCAACCUGGAGUUUGCAAAAGCAAAUGAAAAGCUGAAAAAGGCCACAAAAGCUGGAUCCCGUAAAUCUUCCUCCUCUCAGGCAAGCGUGGAUAGCGAGGCGUACAGCAGUCAGCAAGCGCAUACAUUCGACGAUAAUUCGUCUAAUUCACAGGAAAAUCACCAGGUUCAGGCCAACUUACUUUCUCAACAGAGCCAAGUUUCAUCUUCUGAAAAGAUGGUGGAAGAUCUUGUCAGCAAUGUCGCACCCGCUGAAGCAAGCGAACAGAUAUCUUCAGACCUUUCUUUGAAGACACCAGAAAGCCGAAAGAGAACCAUUGAAGAUGUCGAAGGAGAGCAAGAUAGGCAGUCAGUGUCUGCGAGAGUGGAUACAAGUGAGGCUGCUGCCAUUUCAGCAGUGGUAUCAGAUCCUAUGCCACCGGCAAAGAAGAUCAAUUCUGCAGUGAUUGAAUACGAUGAUGACAGCGGGUUUUGGGAUGAUGCGGAUAUGGACUGGGAUGUGCUUGACCAGAUCGAUCCGCCAACACAGCCAGUUCAAGCACCUCCAUUGGCUGAAUCUGAAGGAGUCUUCCGAUGGGCAAACAAGAAAAGCGUUGUAGGGACUGCUAAAGCAGCAGAUGCAGCUUUUCGCUUGCAACAAUUUCUAGAGGAAGAAGAGGAAGGAGGGUUACCAUCUACACAGAUCGCAGGUCCUUCUCAAGCGGCAGUAGCCCCAAGAACACCUUUUCGUCCUCUCGCUCCUUCAAGAUUGAAUCAGUCAGUCACGAAUUGGAAUGAGCAAGCACAAGAUACGUCCGGCAAGCAGGUAGACAAAGCUGCUGAUGCAAUUGCCAGCAUUCAAUCUCCUGCUCAUAUGUUCCAAUCUGCCGCAACUCUUCGUACACCUAAUGGCGCCUCUCAAGGGGCUCGCAUGCCGCUUCCAAACAAUCGUGUCAUCAACUCUACACCUCGAAAGCGGGAGGUAUGCUAUGGUUCCAUGCCCAGCGGUAGCCAAAAGGUUGGACACUUAUCUCAAACUCCUCUCUCACGAAAGAGUUUGAGUAAUGCACUACGUUUUGGACGUUCGAGCUUGCCCAAGUUCAAAUCUCCUUUCAAGAAGGAUAUCGCUCAAACAGCGGUACAUGCUACACAAUUGACUUCGAGCCCGCUUCAGAACCGCUCUCGCUUGGUUACGACUCUGCCACGAGUCAAGCUGGAGAAUGAAAGAGUCAGCGCGACAGUAUUCAACUUGGAUAAUCUCCCGGAGCAACGCAAGACGCUUCUUGACGCUGAAAAGUCGUCUCAGUGGGCAUGGUAUCGUGGUGAAUCUUUUAAGCAGUCUGACGAUUACGAAUUCAUCUCAAAGAUCUUGAAUGAUCCUCCAUCAGCGGCACUCUUCAGUUUCACUGAUCCAGCAAAUCCUGAGGGAAGUGCAUCUUUGGACAUUUCGGCAGCACGUAAAGAGCUGGCAGAGGCUGCCGGUUGUUCGGUGGACAAAAUUCCAUAUACGUGGGUAAAGAAUCAUUGGUCUCUAAUUCUUUGGAAAUUGGCUGCUUUGGCACAUCGAUCGGAAGAAUACGAGCAGCGCUUCUCGUGGAAUGAAGUGAUCAGUCAAUUACGUUACCGCUAUGAAAGAGAGGUCAACCGUGCUCAUAGAUCUGCUAUCAAGCGCAUUCAAGAGCAUGAUUCACCGUCUGGACUGCCGAUGAUCUUGUGCGUUUAUGAUGCUUCACAUGGCGCGGAUGAAGAUGAACCUCAUCUCAUUUUGACGGAUGGUUGGUAUCGGAUACAUGCGCCACUGGAUGAAGUAUUGUCUCGUGCCGUACGUGCAGGUCGCAUUCAGCGUGGACAAAAGAUGACAAUCAUGGGCGCGCAUUUAGAUCCCGAAAGCUCUGCGUGUGAGCCUAUCGAAGCAUUUGAUACUUCCCCUUUGCUCAUUCGUGGUAAUGGUUGCAAACUUGCACCAUGGCAUGCACGUCUUGGAUUUCAAAAGGUUUCAUGGGCAUCUUCAAUCAGAUCUCUAACCGUAGAUGGAGGAUCAGUGUCUAUCUUGGACGCAGUAGUGACAAAGGUGUAUCCCAAAGGAUUUAUGAGCUCAACAUGGACAGCAGCUGAAGCAGAGCUUAACGGUAACGGCGAUUCCUCUCAGCAGCAAGAUCAACCCAAAGAGUUUAAUCGACCAGAAACUUGGAAUGAGAAAGAGGAAGAGGAGAAGCAAUCUGAAUGGAACAACAAGAGAAUAUCAACUGUAGAUGAAAUUCGCAAGACAUUGCAGUCCCAGUCUGAGAAGCUCAUCAUUGUCACGGAGAUGCUCUCGGAGAAAUGUCAGGACCUAGAUGAAAAUGUUGUGAUCGAUGGUCUGGCUUCAAGCAGCUGUGAAAGCUUUUUGGACGCAAUGCUGGCCAGUGACAAUCCAUCUGACUACGUUAAAAAUGUUGGCAUGGUGCCCGCGUUGCUUCGUGUGGCUCAAACACGUUUGGACAUUUUAAUGAGCGCCAAUCAGGCUGAGAUGGAAAGACGAUUGGCUGAUCUUUGUCCGCCUCGACAACGACGUGCAUUCCGUACGAUUCGAUUGAUCGAUACAAAACGUUUCAUUGCCGAGCAAAAGUCAAAAGAUCCAUCGGUCAAAGAAGAACAAUCUUUGUCGUCUUUGCAACAGAGUAAAUUGAUCGGAUGCAAACGUGAAUGCUUGAUUCGCAUUUGGGAUGCAGAUAAGAUGGAAGAAAUGGAUUUCAAAGAAGGAUGUCGAUACAAUAUUACAAAUCUCACACCAAGCAACGUUAACAUUUGGCCAAAAGAUGUUGACGGAUUGGAUGAGGUUCAUCUGAAUACCCGACAAGAUAGCAGAUGGGAAGAGAUUUCUCUUAAUGGAGCCUAAAACUGCUCAAUAGCAAUACAAACACAGUAAUACCCCAGCAUAUAUGCACCACUAAUUCAAUCCUCCAGCGCGCACUCUCAGCCACCUAGUCUUAGCACCUGUCUACUCUUAUCUUCCAGACAAUACACUUGUACAUUAUUCGUAGCUGUAAUCAAUUCAUUACGAU